AUGUCAAAAGAAAUUCCAAAAACUCAAUCAGCAGUAUAUAUUAACGAAUUAGGAGAAUACGAUAAGAUCAAAUUUGAUAAUUCAAUUCCUACUCCAAAAAUAGAAUCAUCAAAUGAAAUAAUUGUUAAGAAUUAUUACGCAGGUAUAAAUUUCAUUGAAGCUUAUUUCAGAAAAGGUAUUUAUCCAGUUGGUAAAUUUCCUUAUGUUUUCGGUAGAGAAGCAAGUGGAGAAGUUGUUGCAGUUGGAGAUGAUGUUAAAAAUUUAAAAGUUGGUGAUAAAAUUGCUUAUUUAUCUCCUGGUACUUUUGCUCAAUAUACAAAAAUUACAACUAAUGAUCAUAAAUAUAUUAAAUUACCAGCUAAUUCAACUGAUGAAGAUUUAAAAAUUUUUGGUUCAUUAUUACUUCAAGGAUUAACUGCUUUAACUUUUAUAAAUGAAGCUUAUAAAGUACAAAAGGGAGAUAAUAUUUUGGUUUGGGCAGCAGCUGGUGGUGUUGGUAAGAUUUUAACUCAAUUAAUAACAAAUUUAGGUGCAAAUGUUAUAGCUAUUGCAUCAACUGAUGAAAAAUUGAAAUUAGCUAAAGAAAAUGGUGCUAAAUACUUAAUUAAUUCAUCAACUGAUGAUAUUGAAGGGAAAGUUAAAGAAUUUACUAAUGGAAAAGGAGUUGAUGCUUCUUUUGAUUCUGUUGGAAAAGAUACUUUUAAAACUUCAUUAAAUUCAUUGAAAAGAAAAGGUACUUUUAUAUCUUAUGGUAAUUCUUCAGGUCCUGUUGAAAAUUUCGGAUUAGGUAUAUUAACACCAAAGAAUAUAAAAUUAGCAAGACCAACAUUAAAUUCAUACAUUGUUACACAAGAAGAAUGGGAUCAUUACUCUCAAGAAUUAUUAAAACUUUAUAAAGAAGGUAAAUUUAAAUUUGAUAUUUACAAGACUUAUGAUUUAAAAGAUUAUAAACAAGCAACUCAAGAUUUAGAAGGUAGAAAAACUCACGGAAAAUUAACUUUGAAAAUUCCUCAAUAA